AUAUAUUACCUAUACAGAUAAGAUCAUCGUUUUGCGGUUGGUAACAGAAGGGCGUUGACAUUUAAUCAAAAAGGCAAAACGUGAAGAUGCAUCUGUGACAUUAAUUCGCCAGUAGCAACUUGAUCGGAUUUGUUGUUAUGGUUGAUUUUUUAUGAACUGAGCGAGAAAAAUGUCAAUUAAUUUAACAAAAAAUAAAGACGCUUUGGUGGCUGCCUGGCACAGCGUAGUCGACGAUAAAUCGUCUACUAACUGGGCCUUGUUUGGAUAUGAGGGACAAACUAACAACUUAAAAGUAGUUGGUACUGGAGAUGGAGGUCUAGAAGAAAUGAUUGACCGUUUAAAUAGUAGUCAUAUCAUGUAUGCCUUCUGUCGUGUGAUAGAUACUAAAACAAGUCUGCCAAAAUGUCUUUUAAUAAAUUGGCAAGGAGAAGGAGCACCAAUUGUUAGAAAAGGCACUUGUGCAAAUCAUAUUAGAGAUGUGGAAAAAUUAUUAAAAGGUGCACAUAUAACAAUUACUGCACGUUCCGAAGAUGAUGUUGAAGUGGAUUCUGUUAUGGAGAAACUUGCUAGAGCAACAGCUUCAGCAUACAAAUUUAAUGAACCACGUGGUGAAAAUGAAGGUAAUACAGGUCCAGUGGGUACCACAUAUCGCAGAGUAAUUCCUGAACAAGAAAUAAAUGCUACAGAACGUGAUCAAUUCUGGCAAAGGGAAGAAAUGGAAGAGAAGAAAAGAUUAGAACAAGAACGCAUUAAAUGCGAAAAAGAACGACAACGGCUCGAGGAAGAAAUUAGAACAAGGGAAGAGAAGGAAACAUUACUUAGAGAACAACAAGUCACUGCCAAGGAAAAUUCAAUAGCACGACAGAAAUUGGCGGAACAACGUGCCGAGGAGGCGAACAAUUUACGUAACCAAUUAGCCGCAAGUCAACAUUAUAGUAAUGAUGUCGAGGAUGAUCAUAAAUCACGAAGUGAAGAAUUGCGACGACAAAGAAGCAAAGAGACACAACAAUUAAUAGCUCAAAGAACAAUAAAUGCAAGAGCUGUUUUUGAACAGAAUUCGGCAGCUGGUCAAAUGAAGUCUUCUCCAGUACAGCAACAAUACUUACCGAAAAAUAGUCACGUAGAAGCAGCUAAAAAGGCACUUGAGGAAAACCAGCAAAAGGAAAUAACUCAUACUAACGUGCAAGAAGAAGUGAAAAUAGAAGCGAGUAAAACACAUAACUUCGAUGUAGUAACCGCCGCUUCAAAUACAUCUUCAAGUACAAAUGAAGUUCAAGAGUCAACAGUGUCAGAAUCAGUGGAAGAAUCUGAGCAACUGUCAGUAACAAAAGAAGUAGUUACGGAAAAUGAGUUGUACAGUCAAAUGGAUGGUCAGUACUUAUAUUUUGAUCCAAAUAAUGAAGGAAUGAAAGCAAGAGCCUUGUAUGAUUAUCAAGCAGUUGAUGAUACAGAAAUAACUUUUGAUCCUGGAGAUAUUAUUACGCAUAUAGAUACUAUUGAUGAAGGAUGGUGGCAAGGUCUUGGUCCCGACGGUACUUAUGGACUUUUUCCUGCUAAUUAUGUUGAAGUUAUUAAUUACAACACAUGAUAAGAAACAUUCUUGUACAGAUAGACGAUCUUUUUUCCCGAUUAAAAGGAAACCAUAUUGCUUUUUUGCAUAUAAAAAGUGACAUUCAGUAUUUUCAUGGUUCUGAUGACUUUGCACUUUUCUUUUAAUAAUAACCUACAGUGUUUAGA